AUGGCCUUGGCUGGAUGUGAGGCUGCUGCAAUGUGGCUCCUUUGGCUCAAGCACCACUUGGCCAUUAAUGUUUGGACCUUGCUGCUCUUCGGGAGCACCUGGCUACCGCUGGCGGAAGGCAGCCCCAAGUCUCCCUUUAGGACUUUCCCAGUUUCAGACUGGAGCUUGACGCACUUGGUGGUCCACAACAAAACUGGGGAGGUCUAUGUGGGGGCUGUCAAUCGGAUCUACAAGCUCUCCAAUAACCUCACGCUCCUGCGGACCCACGUGACAGGGCCUGUGGAGGACAAUGAGAAGUGUUACCCUCCGCCCAGUGUUCAGUCCUGCCCGCAUGGGCUGGUCACCACCAACAAUGUGAACAAACUGCUGCUGGUGGACUACUCGGGGAACAGGUUGAUUGCCUGUGGCAGUGCCUCCCAAGGUAUUUGCCAGUUCCUGCGGCUGGAUGACCUCUUCAAGCUGGGUGAGCCCCACCACCGCAAGGAGCACUACCUCUCCAGUGUCAACGAGUCAGGCACCAUGUCUGGGGUCAUCAUUGAGGUGCUGAAUGGGCAGAACAAGCUCUUCAUUGGGACGCCCAUUGAUGGGAAGUCAGAGUACUUCCCUACCCUCUCUAGCCGCAAGCUGAUGGCCAAUGAGGAGAAUGCAGAGAUGUUUGGCUUUGUGUAUCAGGAUGAGUUUGUAUCCUCCCAGCUCAAGAUCCCCUCGGAUACACUCUCCAAGUUCCCCACCUUUGACAUCUACUACAUCUACAGCUUCAGCAGCGAGCAGUUUGUUUACUAUUUGACCCUGCAGCUGGACACCCAGCUCACCUCACCCGACUCUACCGGGGAGCAGUUUUUCACCUCCAAGAUUGUCCGCCUCUGCGUGGAUGACCCCAAGUUCUACUCCUAUGUGGAGUUCCCCAUCGGCUGUGUGCAGGACGGCAUUGAGUACCGCCUCAUCCAGGACGCCUACCUGACCAAGCCUGGCAAGGCUUUGGCCAAGUACCUGGGCAUCUCGGAGCGAGAGGAUAUCCUCUUCACCAUCUUCUCCCAGGGCCAGAAAAACAGGGUUAAGCCUCCCAAGGAGUCUGUGCUCUGCCUCUUCACGUUGAAGAAGAUCAAGGAUAAGAUCAAGGAGCGUAUCCAGUCGUGUUACAGAGGGGAAGGGAAACUCUCGCUGCCCUGGCUCUUGAAUAAGGAGCUCGGCUGCAUCAACUCGCCGCUGCAGAUCGAUGACAAUUUCUGUGGCCAGGACUUCAACCAGCCCCUGGGUGGCACCGUCACCAUCGAGGGCACCCCUCUCUUUGUGGAUAAGGAAGAUGGCAUGACCUCGGUGGCCGCCUACGACUACAGGGGACAGACUGUCGUCUUUGCAGGCACACGGAGCGGGAGGAUCAAAAAGAUCCUGGUGGACUUGCUGGCUGAGAGGAAGCACCAAGCGCUGCAAUAUGAGAACGUCGUGGCCCAUGAGGGCAGCUCCAUUCUGCGAGACCUGGUGCUGAGUCCUGACCGCCAGCAUAUCUAUGCCAUGACUGAGAAACAGGUGACACGUGUGCCGGUGGAGAGCUGUGAGCAGUACGAGAGCUGUGAGCUGUGCCUGGGCUCCCGGGAUCCCCACUGUGGCUGGUGUGUCCUCCACAACAUAUGUUCACGCAAGGACCGGUGCGAGCGGGCAGACGAGCCCCAGCGCUUCGCCUCUGACCUGCGGCAGUGUGUGCAGCUCACCGUGCAGCCGAAGAACAUCUCCGUCACCAUGUCAGAGGUCCCGCUGGUCCUGCAGGCCUGGAAUGUCCCAGACCUCUCAGCAGGAGUCAACUGCUCCUUUGAAGACUUCACGGAGUCUGAGAGCCGCAUUGAAGAUGGGAAGAUCUAUUGCAGUUCUCCCUCUGCCAAGGAUGUAAUCCCCAUCACCAGGGGCCGUGGGGACAAGCGAGUGGUGAAGCUCUACUUGAAAUCUAAGGAGACAGGAAAGAAAUUUGCCUCUGUGGAUUUUGUUUUCUACAACUGCAGCGUCCAUCAGUCCUGCCUGUCCUGUGUGAACGGCUCCUUCCCCUGCCACUGGUGCAAGUACCGCCACAUCUGCACCCACAAUGCUGCUGACUGCUCCUUCCUGGAGGGACGGGUGAAGCUCUCUGAGGACUGCCCCCAGAUCCUGCCCUCCACCCAGAUCUACAUCCCUGUGGGUGUAGUGAAGCCCAUCACCCUGACAGCCAAGAACCUGCCCCAGCCGCAGUCUGGCCAGCGCAACUAUGAGUGCAUCUUCCACAUCCCCGGCAGCACCACGCGAGUCACCGCCCUGCGCUUCAACAGCACCAGCAUCCAGUGCCAGAACACCUCGUAUUUCUAUGAAGGGAAUGACAUCAGUGACCUGCCAGUCAACUUGUCUGUGGUCUGGAAUGGGAACUUUGUCAUUGACAACCCCCAGAACAUCCAGGCCCACCUGUAUAAGUGCUCAGCGCUGCGGGAGAGCUGCGGUCUGUGCCUGAAGGCUGACCCACGCUUUGAGUGCGGCUGGUGCGUGCUGGAGAGGCGCUGCUCCCUGCGGCAGCACUGCCUGGCCUAUGACAGCGUCUGGAUGCACGCCAGCAGUGGCAACAGCCGCUGCACCGACCCCAAGAUCACCAAGCUGUUCCCUGAGACUGGCCCUAGGCAAGGGGGGACCCGUCUGACCAUCACUGGUGAGAACCUGGGCUUGAAGUUCGACGACGUUCGCGGAGGCAUUCGAGUGGGCAAAGUGGCCUGCAGCCCCAUCGAGAGCGAGUACAUCAGUGCUGAGCAGAUUGUGUGUGAAAUCGGAGAUGCCAGCUUGAGCAAGGUCCAUGAGGCACGGGUUGAAGUGUGUAUCCGUGACUGCACAACCAACUACCGGGCCCUGUCCCCCAAGAGCUUCACCUUUGUGACACCCACUUUCUCCCGUGUGAUCCCAGCACGAGGUCCUCUCUCCGGUGGCACCUGGAUUGCCAUUGAAGGCAGCCACCUCAAUGCUGGCAGCAACGUCUCUGUGACCAUUGGGGGACGGCCUUGUGCUUUUUCAUGGAGAAGCGCCCGUGAGAUCCGGUGCAGAACUCCCCCUGGGCACACCCCCGGUGGCUCUCCUAUCCUCAUCAACAUCAACCGGGCAGAGCUGAGCAACCCAGAGGUGAAGUACAACUACACGGAGGACCCUACCAUCCAGAAGAUUGAUCCCGAGUGGAGCAUCAACAGUGGUGGGACAUUACUGACCGUGACUGGCACCAACCUGGCCACCAUCAAAGAGCCCAGGAUCCGAGCCAAGUAUUCCAGCUCUGACAGGGAGAACAACUGCACAGUCUACAAUGACACCACCAUGGUGUGCUAUGCACCUUCCAUUGACAACCCUGUGCGGAGCCCUCCUGAGGUUGGUGACCGGCCGGAUGAGAUUGGCUUCGUCAUGGAUAACGUUCAGGCCCUGCUGAUCAUCAACACCACCAACUUUGUUUACUACCCAGACCCUGUUUUUGAACCGCUUAGCCCCACAGGGAUGCUGGAGCUGAAGCCAAGCUCUCCCCUCAUCCUCAAGGGCAGGAACCUGCUCCCACCAGCUGCUGGUAACUCCCGCCUGAACUACACGGUGCUAAUCGGGGACACUCCCUGCAUCCUGACUGUCUCCGAGACCCAGCUCCUCUGCGAGUCCCCCAACCUCACCGGCCAGCACAAAGUCACGAUCAAGGCUGGAGGGUUUGAGUUCUCCCCAGGGACGCUGCAGAUCUACUCAGACAGCCUGCUCACCCUGCCUGCCAUCAUUGGGAUCGGAGGUGGGGGUGGUCUGCUCCUCCUCAUCAUCAUCAUCGUCCUUAUUGCCUAUAAGCGCAAGUCUCGGGAUGCUGACCGGACCCUGAAACGCCUCCAGCUGCAGAUGGAUAACUUGGAGUCCCGGGUGGCCCUGGAGUGCAAAGAGGCCUUCGCUGAGCUGCAGACUGACAUUAACGAGCUGACCAACGACCUGGAUGGGGCUGGCAUCCCGUUUCUGGAUUACCGCACCUACGCCAUGCGGGUUCUCUUCCCAGGGAUAGAAGACCACCCUGUGCUGAAGGAGAUGGAGGUCCAGGCAAAUGUGGAAAAGUCCUUAACCCUCUUUGGGCAGCUCCUGAACAAGAAGCACUUCUUGCUGACCUUCAUCCGCACUCUGGAGGCUCAGCGGAGCUUCUCCAUGCGGGACCGUGGCAAUGUGGCCUCCCUCAUCAUGACGGCGCUGCAGGGUGAGAUGGAGUAUGCCACAGGUGUGCUGAAGCAGCUUCUUUCUGACCUCAUCGAGAAGAACCUGGAGAGUAAAAACCACCCCAAGCUGCUUUUGCGGAGAACGGAGUCGGUGGCAGAGAAGAUGCUGACAAAUUGGUUCACGUUUCUACUCUACAAGUUUCUGAAGGAGUGUGCUGGGGAACCACUCUUCAUGCUCUACUGUGCCAUCAAGCAGCAAAUGGAGAAGGGACCCAUUGAUGCCAUCACAGGAGAGGCUCGCUACUCCCUCAGUGAAGACAAGCUUAUCCGGCAGCAGAUUGACUACAAAAUGCUGACCCUCAACUGUGUGAAUCCUGAGAAUGAGAAUGCCCCAGAGAUCCCUGUCAAGGUUUUGAACUGUGACACCAUCACGCAGGUGAAAGAGAAGCUGCUGGAUGCUGUCUACAAGGGAGUGCCCUAUUCCCAGCGACCCAAAGCUGGAGACAUGGACCUGGGGGACCUAGCAGGACCGAAGUGUUUGUGCUUGUCCAGUCCAUCACCCACUAACCAGGAGCCCUUCUCCCUCACGGGGACAGAGUGGCGGCAGGGCAGGAUGGCUCGGAUCAUACUGCAGGACGAAGAUGUCACCACGAAGAUCGACAAUGACUGGAAGAGGCUAAACACCCUGGCCCACUACCAGGUGACAGAUGGCUCCUCAGUAGCCCUGGUGCCCAAGCAGAACUCGGCGUACAACAUCUCCAACUCUUCCACCUUCACCAAGUCCCUCAGCAGAUAUGAGAGCAUGCUGCGGACAGCCAGCAGCCCUGACAGCCUGCGCUCACGGACCCCCAUGAUCACCCCGGACCUGGAGAGUGGCACCAAGCUCUGGCACCUGGUGAAAAACCACGACCACAUGGACCAGCGGGAGGGUGACCGGGGCAGCAAGAUGGUUUCUGAAAUCUACCUGACCCGCCUGCUAGCCACCAAGGGCACCCUGCAGAAGUUUGUGGAUGACCUGUUUGAAACCAUCUUCAGCACAGCACAUCGUGGGAGUGCACUGCCCCUUGCCAUCAAAUAUAUGUUUGAUUUCCUGGAUGAACAAGCUGAUAAGCAUCAGAUCAAUGACUAUGAUGUCAGGCACACCUGGAAGAGUAACUGUCUACCUCUACGUUUUUGGGUGAAUGUGAUUAAGAACCCCCAGUUUGUGUUCGACAUUCACAAGAACAGUAUUACUGAUGCCUGCCUAUCCGUGGUGGCUCAGACAUUCAUGGACUCCUGCUCAACUUCUGAGCACAAGCUAGGAAAAGACUCUCCCUCCAACAAACUACUGUAUGCCAAGGACAUCCCCAACUACAAGAGCUGGGUAGAAAGAUAUUAUGCAGAUAUAGCUAAAAUGCCAGCGAUCAGUGACCAGGACAUGAGCGCGUACCUGGCGGAGCAGUCGCGGCUACACCUCAGCCAGUUCAACAGUAUGAGCGCGCUGCACGAGAUCUACUCUUACAUCACCAAGUACAAGGACGAGAUUUUAGCUGCACUGGAGAAGGAUGAGCAGGCCCGGAGGCAGCGGCUGAGGAGUAAGCUGGAGCAGGCGAUCGACACAAUGGCCUUAAGCAGCUGA